AUGUUGCGGCUGCUUCUUGUGGCAUCAUUCGCACGAGGUCUGCUUGGCUGGCCAUGUCCGGGAAACACAACUGCCGACGAUGUCCUGGCAGGAUCUAACCUGACUGGGAAGCUUGCCGUCGUGACUGGUGGUGACAGCGGCCUUGGAUACGCCACUGCGCUUACACUGGCGAAGCAUGGAGCCAAGGUUGUCAUUGGCAACCACAACAUCACUAGAGGCGAGCUUGCGGCGCAAAACAUUUCAAAGGCAACUGGAGCCAGCGUGGAUGCGUUGCCCCUGAACCUGGGAUCCCUGCAAUCCGUUCGCUCGUUUGCCCGGAGCUUCUACGAGAAAUAUGGCGAGACGCUGAACUUGCUGGUGAACGAUGCGGGAAUAGGUGCCCCCAGCAUUUUGAGCCAAGAUGGUUUCGAGCUGGUUUUCCAGGUGGACUACUUGGGUCCAUUCCUGCUGACAGAACUGCUGCUCCCGGCACUGCGGCGUGGACGACCUUCCAGGGUCGUGAACGUUGCAAGCGGGGCGAGUGAAAAUGCUUGUGAAGCAAUCGGCCUGCCGGGAGACUGCUUUCAUGACUUCUCGCAUCUUCCACCGCCCGUCGUUUCGAAGAAGCCUGUGACGAUUCACAGCACAUACCAGCAGAACUCCUCGAACUACGGCGUCGCCAAGUUCUUGCAAAUACAGCAUGCGGCUGAGUUGGCAAGAAGGGAGUCAGGAAAUGGUGUGGAGGCCUCUUCACUCACACCUGGCUUCGCCCUAACCUCGCUCACGGAGAAGGUUGACCUCCACAGCCCCUUCGUCAAGGCGGUCUGCCAGCAGCAGGUGCACCCGCUCCCAGAUCUCCCCGCAAAUAGCUGCCCCUUCUCUGCCGACGAAGGCGCUGCCGUUAUCGCACAUUGUGCAGUGGGCAACAUCAGGAGUGGAGCUUACUACUCGCGAACCUUUGCCUGUGAGGAGCACCCGAUGACGAUGCAUGGAUUCACGGAGUCCAUGCAGUCAGAACUCUACGAAAAAUCCUUGGCCUGGGCGGGCGAAACCCAGCCCUUGGCCGAGGAUGUCCAGUACGUUUAA